AUGACCUCUGGCAGCUGCGUUUUGGAGGUAUAUGCAGCAUUGACAAGAGUAACGAAUAAUCCUUCACUCGCAGUAAUGAAGAGAUUUCAUGCGAGGGUUUUAUUGAGUAAUUUUGUUCUUACCCAUGGCAGGAAAGGGGUGUCCAAGUUGUACAAUGGCAAGUCUGGAUCUUUUGCAAAGCAUGAAGAUUCGAUGAUCCCAUCUCCACCUGAGAAAGGCCUUCCUAAACCAGAAAACCCAUCCCCUAGGAAGCGGAAAGGCCUUCUUCCGUUCAGUUUCAAGUGGGGCAAGCCACAGAACAAAGAGGUGUUCCCUGAAGAUGUGGUCAUCUGCCCUACGAAUUGCAGGAGAAUGACAUGGUCACCAGCUGCUGCAAGCAGUUCGGGGAGCAACAGCGGCAGUGACGAUGAACAGCGCCGCUCCCCGAAGCUGCAUACCCGUCGGCCACUCCGAAGGCCCAGCAAUGCCUUGGGUGUCUUUGCAUCUCCACCUGCACCUCGUCCGCCUCAGGUGUUAUCAGCUCACACGAGAUCACACUCGAUGCUUGAUCUGCAGGACGUGACGGAGUCGACCGCAAUGUUUUCUCCGAGGGACAAGCGGCAGAAGAAUUCGGAAGGUUGGAUCUUGAUGCAUUGUCGGUCCAACUGCUGGUGCCCAUUUUAGACUGCGGAAUCCAGUGGCGAACGCCGUCGUGGUAGGGGCGCGCGAUGCUGUAGGGUGUCUUUUGCGAGGUCAAAUGGACUCGUAUUCAUAGAGCAUGCUAUUCUCCUUAUACUUGGAUGUACUGGGUUAUAUGCCGAGAAACUUGAGAAGCUGAGUGUCGUUAGCUGAGUAAUCUGUGGGUAGCCUGCGUUGAUUACAGGUUGACUUGUAAAUGCUGAACUCUGCUUUUGUCGAUUAAUUCAACCAUCUUACCUACU